CUGGAGUUGCCCACCCCUGGUCUAAAUGUACUCACUAGUUAAAAACGCUUGUAUAGUGUUCUUCUUAUCCUUUAAGAUGACCAAUUACAGCACUGCUCAGCUGUUCUGGUCUUUUAGCCACUGUUCAGUAAUGCUGCUUGGACUUCAUCUUCGAUACAAGCCUCCCACCAACAGCUCUGCCCUGGCUGGAGUUGAAACGUCUAACUUAUCCUGUGAUGGCACUGAACCGGCCUUUUAUGCUUGGGAUGUUGUCUCAGCACUGUGCUUUGUUUUUGGUUUUCCUUCCACUGUUGCCAUCCUCUGGGAGAUGUUUAAAAUACACAGGAGAAAAAAUCCAUUCUCACCAAAUGAGUUGUUCAUACUCAACCUCUCGAUCAUGGAUGUUAUCUUCUUUGUCUUCCUUCCACCUGGAAUACUAAAUAACUUCAUUUGGCUGGGGCGGGACUUCAUGUCAGUUUGGCUCUGUGUUUAUGCCUUAAAUAUGUGUGGGAGACCGCUCCUGAUGGCUUGUACCUGUCUCGACUGUUACCUGGCUGUGGUUCAUCCAGUUGCUUACCAUAAGAGGAAAGGUCUGGCUCCCAGGGUUGUGAUGGCUGGCAUUGUUUGGACUCUCACAGUCGCCUCUGGGAUUGCAUACUCGCUUUUUUCAGAUUUAUAUAACAGCAUGCUUCCUGUUGUGACGUAUCUAAUUGCUGUUAUCAUAAUUGUUAUCUGUGAUGGUUUUAUUUUCUAUACAUUAAUAAAGUCUGACUUAGGCAGAAACAGCAUCAAUCCCCAGAAAAAAAGGGCCAUUCAGACUGUCAUCUUCAGCCUGACCAUGGUCAUCAUCUCUUACCUCCCUCCAGUAGUUCUUAUCUCAGUUGAGGGGUACCUGAUCAACAAAUUGUCGAUUCGUCAAUGUAUCUUAGACUAUCUAGUUACCCUUUCAUCCUCUUGGGGAUCUGCUGUCAUGCCUCUGCUUUACCUGUAUAAUAUUGGGAAAUUUGAUUUUUUAAGGCUUGGAUGGUGGAAGUUCUAAUUGAAGCCACUUUUAAUCAUUUCUGCACCUAUCACUUGUCAAAUCAGUCCUGUAGAAGAAAACGUUUUCAAACAGUCAAAACAGCUCAGUUUACCGAUAAGCCCUAUUUUAGACUGGGGUUUUUUUUGUUUUGUUUUUUUGUCAUGUGCACAUUUAGAUUACUGAAAGUGUCCAAGCCACCUCUAUUCGGUGGGUUUCUGUGAUUCUGUAAGGCUAUAUGUACUUUUUUUCUCUUCUAUGUGGAAAAAAAUGAAAUAAAACAACAAU